AUGAUUUUCAUCACAUACUCCUCUACUAGCCCGGACGAGGCUAGAAUUUCAUCUUCUUACAAUUACAAGGAGUUUAUAAACUUAGUGUCAAGAAAAGAAGCAAAAGAUCAAUCGAUCGUUCGAAUGAAUUUAUUUGGAGUAGAUGUGGACUGUUGCAUGGCAACUAGGAAUCACCCAUUCUUUAUACUAUGCAAUCAGCAGAACGGAGAGCAAAUGUUACAGACCAUCCACAACUAUUUCAGAGGGUUUUUCGGAUUAUCUAUUGAGUAUCAUCUGAGAUGUGGUUGCUUGAACUAUGUACCAAGGCUAGAGAAUAUCAAUAUUAGCCGACUUGCUUUCCUAAAUAGAACAACAGGUGCACAAUUGUUGGAGCAGUACUUAACUGUCUCACCCUCUCAGGAAUAUCUUCAAUUGCUAUCAGUCAAUGGUUUUGAAUACGAAAGGCAUCUGAAACUGAUGCAGACUGAGAUUUUCGAUACCGUAAUCCCAGAUAGUAAGGCUGCAGAGAUUUUGAAUUAUUUCAAGGGAAGACAUCUGUUUAUAAGAUAUGCAAUAAUCACAGAUGAAGAAGUCAUUCAGUUUUUGAACAGUUGGAAAUCAAGUCAAACACAUCAAAACUUGGAGUACUUGAGUAUACGUCUCGGGGGAGAAAUCGAUCUAAAUCCAGAAAACAUAAUGAGAAAUCUUGACAUCAAACAGUUCGAUCCGAGACAGAAGAUGCCGAUUUAUCGUUAUGACAGAAGAUAUCCUUUUCAUCAAUGCGGCUGGACAACAGCAGAACUCAGAAGUCCAAAUUUUAUAGUACGAGACACUGAUCAACACGUGGCAUCACUGGAAAUCACAAACAGAACAAUCAAAUUCGCAGCAUGGAAAAUGACUGAAGAAGAAGUCAAGAGAGUAAAGAUUCAUAAGCCUUUUCAAAAAAAUCGAAGGGGAGACCCUAUCGUGAACUUCAUCAAAAUUUCAAAAAUGCCAUGGCUGGUUCAAAAAGAGAUAUUGUCGAGCAUGGAGUUGGUGGAUCUGUUGAUGAUGGCUUCUUGUUCUCAGAAAUUCUACCAAAAUAUGAAAUCCCUGAUAAGAAAUAAGAGAUUCACAAUCUCUUAUAAGGCGACAGACAUUCUUUCCGUCGAUAUCUCUUCAUCUAGUAGUGGAGAUAGGCCAUUUAUGAAUAUCAGUUGGUCACGAUGGUUUGAAGUUCGUUCAUAUAUGACAAUUGAUUUUUGCGGAAUGGAAUUGAAAGUAAGUAUGCCCACCGAAAAUGGACCACUCAUGGUACAAUGCAAUCCAUCUCAAGAAGAAACUAUUCUUCCCUCAAUCCACAAUUAUUUCCUUGAUUUAUUCGGUUCAUCCAUCAAAUAUCAGUUGAAUGUGAGGACGUUGACGUCCAAAUUAUCGAAAAUGAGGAGUAUUACCAACACAGAUUUAUCACAUAGCGGUGAAAUAGGAACAACAGAGUUCCAGGAUUUUCUUACGGUCUCUCCUAAUCAAGAUUUCAUCAGACUUAUGUCAUUUGAGAAUCCUUCGCUUGGAGAAAACUCGCAAUUCAAAAGGACAAAAAUUUUGGAUAUUGGAUAUACGUACUGCUCGGCAGAUGACAUUUUAUCCAAUUUCGAAGGAAGACAGUUGUUUAUUGAGAAAGGAAUCAUAAGUGAUAUUGCUGUCAUCCAAUUUCUGAAAAAGUGGAAAUCGAAUGAAGGAUAUCAGAAUUUGGAGUAUUUGAGCAUUUCUCUUAGAACUCAUCGUUGUCAGAUCAAUUCAAAUAUUAUUAUGAAUAGUAUUCUAAUUAAUCGAUUAGAUCAAUCUGACAAAUUGCCAGUUUACACAUUUGAUAAAAGAGGUACUUAUUUCGGACAUACUUGGCGAAUUAAUCAGUUCAGUAGUCCAAAUUACAUUGUUAGAGAUUCGGACCAACACGUGGCAUCCAUUAUGGUUACGGAGAAUAAUUUCACUUUUGCCGCGUGGAAUAUGACUGAAAAAGCGUUUUUGGAAAAACAUUCCUUCAAGAGAUUCUAUUGA